CACGUAUGCCCAAAACCCCCAUUCGGCCAUUCCCAUCUCAUCCUGAUAUCCCCCUGAGCUACGAACCAACCAUCCAUCACAGGCGGUUCCGAGCAGUCCCUCCACCAAGAAACAGAGCAGCGGCGGAGGCGAGUCCUUGAGCUCGAUCCAAGAUGGCAUUCGCCGCCUCCACAGCCUGCUGCAAGCCUUCUGCGCUGCUCACCCCUCGUGCGUCGUCGUCUCUCCGCGCUCAGGCCCUCCUCUGCAGGCCCUCCACCUCGACUACCUUCCGCGGCGUCAGGGCGCCGGCGUCGGCAUUCGCCGUCGCGCCGGUGCCGCGCCGCCGCGCGGCGUCCACGGGCAUCGUCUGCGGCAAGGUGAGCAAGGGCAGCGUGCCGCCCAACUUCACACUCAAGGACCAGGACGGCAAGACGGUGUCGCUCUCCAAGUUCAAGGGCAAGCCCGUCGUCCUCUACUUCUACCCAGCGGAUGAGACGCCCGGCUGCACUAAACAGAUCAUUCGCGCCGGAGCUAGCUCACCACUUGGUUCUCCCUUCAUUUCAAAACGCCACCGCUUCACCACCGUCCAAGCACAGCUCUCCAAUCCUAACACCACUCCCCAACAACAACCCCACGCGAUCAGCAUACCAUCUGAAGAAAGCAUCGAAGCAGCAGCGCCCAAGAAGAACCUGGCCGACGGAGGCCGGACGUGCGAGCUGCCGACAUGGGCGCUGAUCGGCGGCAUCACGGCGGGAGUGGCACUGGCCCUGGCGCUGUCGGUGGACGCGGGCCCGGCGAUGGCUCUGGGUCCUGAGGGCCCGCUGGUGGAGGAGUUCUGGGAUAACAUGCGGCGGUACGGGCUGUACGCGCUGACGGUGAGCACGGGGUUCGCGUGGGCGCUGGUGCAGCCCAUCUACGAGCUGCUGCGGAACCCCAUCACGGCGGUGCUCAUCAUCAUUGUCAUCGCCGGCGGCGCCGUGCUCACGUCCCAGGUCAUCAACGCCAUGUCCGGCAACUCCGACUUCGUCUACAUGUACGAGCAAUAGAUAGCUACGUUCGAUGUACCCGUCGGUAGAACUUAGUCGUUUCCGAAUGUCAUGUAAGUAGACAACACAUUCUAGCUAGAAAUCAAAGAAAACAGGUGAUGUAACUAAGAUUUUGCUCGCAAUCAUGGUAUGCUUGAC